CAAUCAAACGUCUCUAUGGGCGGGACCUACUCGGAAGUUUCCUGAUGUAGCAACAUCCGGACUCCCGACCCUGGACUGACUUGUUUGUUGACGAGCAAGAUGGAGUUCCUUAUGGGAAAUCCGUAUACUACCCCUGUGGGGCAUUGUAUUGAAAGGGCCACCGAUGGUUCUCUGCCAGCUGAAGACUGGACGCUUAACAUGGAAAUAUGUGACCUCAUCAAUGAAACAGAAGACGGGCCAAAGGAUGCAAUUAGGGCAGUGAAAAAGAGGCUGAACGGGAAUAGGAACUACAGAGAAGUGAUGCUGACUUUAACAGUGCUGGAGACUGGUGUAAAAAACUGUGGCCACCGGUUUCACGCUCUGGUCACCAGCAGGGACUUUGUUGAUGGAGUUCUUGUUAAAAUCAUCUCUCCUAAAAACAACCCUCCCACUAUCGUUCAAGACAAAGUGUUGGCCCUUAUUCGGGCAUGGGCUGAUGCAUUCAGGAGCAGUCCAGAUCUAACAGGUGUCGUUCAAAUUUAUGAGGAACUAAAACGGAAAGGCAUUGAAUUCCCGAUGUCAGACCUGGAGACUCUUUCGCCCAUACACACACCCCAGUCGGCCGCAUCGGCUCCGGAGGGAGACUCCGUUCUACAUAAGUACACCGCCCAUUCCAAGCCUGCACCACACGUGGUUCCACCUGCCCACCACACCCCUCAAGUUCCAAAUAUUCAACCUUCUGGAGCAAUCAACCCAACACCCGAACAGAUUUGCAGACUGCGAAGCGAGUUGGAUGUUGUUCGAGGCAACACUAAGGUCAUGUCAGAGAUGCUGACUGAGAUGGUCCCAGGACAGGAGGACGCCUCAGACUACGAGUUACUACAGGAGUUAAACAGGACUUGCAGAGCUAUGCAGCAGAGGAUAGUGGAGCUCAUCUCCUGUGUCUCCAACGAGACGGUGACUGAGGAGCUGCUGCACGUAAACGACGACCUCAAUAACAUCUUCUUGCGCUAUGAAAGAUAUGAGAGAUUCAAGUCUGGAAGGUCUACAGCUCAUAGUGUCAACAACGGGGUCCUAAGUGAAGCCACAGAGGACAACCUCAUCGACCUGGGCCCCGCCUCCCCAGCCGUGGUCAGCAAUAUAUCCAACACAGCCCCUACCAGCUUGCCUGCAAAUGUCACCACCACUGCAGGAAGACCGUCUUCCCCGGCCACUCUAGCAUCUCGCCUAGCUGGACUCGACGUGGGCGCUGACAGCGUCAGCAGCACCCUAAGCUCUUUGUCCAGCUGCAAACCUCCACCCUCUCAGGACGAGUUUGACGUCUUUGCCCAAACCAGGACCGGGACACUUCCUGAACCCCCCAAUAUGCCUCCAGCAGAGGACAGCAGUGCUCUUGCAUCUCUUCCUCCCACUCUGAGCGUCCAACAACAUAGCACAGGAGCGUGUGUUGGAGGCCAGUCCUCUGUCAUGGAUGACAUAGAGGAGUGGCUAAGUACUGAUGUGAAAGGGGAUGAAGGGGAGGAAGGUGUUACAAGCGAAGAGUUUGACAAGUUCCUGGAGGAGCGAGCCAAAGCUGCCGAGGUGGUCCCGAGCCUGCCGUCUCCCCCGAGUGGCGACCUGGGUGUGGCGCAGGAGACACCGAGCCGCAAGAAGCCAGACAGACCAGAGGACACUUUGUUCGCCAUGUAGAAAGAAAAGUAAAAUCCAAAACACUACACUCAACUCCACUACAAAGAUGUAUCCACAAUGAAAGGGAAAACCUAACAAACGGUCUAUUUUCAUAACGUUUAAGUCCCUUUAUUGUUCGUUUAUUGAAGUCCCUUCUACGUGUGUGUUUGUGAAGAGUCUUCAUGCAAGCGUGUUGACAUUUCUAAACAAAGUGCCCCUUUUUGUCUCCUGGCAUGUAUUACCAAGCAAGUCAUUUGGUUUUGAAACCCUUUCAGUUUGCUAUUCAUUCCUGCAGGAAUAUUGUUUCCGUUUGGUCCUCUACAAAUCUGCAUGAGUUGUAAAUCUGUAAAUUACAAAUGUCCCUUUUUCUGUGUAUAUUUUAAGCUGCAUAUGUUUAAAAGAGAUUUAUUAAUAUCAGUGGAAUUGUGGAGGUGGGCUGUUUCCUGGCUGCUGUAUCUUUAGGGAUGUACCCGACCCUGCUGCAUUUAAUUAUUUCCACUAAGAGAAGGGACUUUAGUUUGGCGUACCUGCUGCACACUACUGUGUGUUAUUAUAUGGGGUCCAACAUGCCUUUUUGUUUUGUAGUUAGCCGUGUUGGUCGCAUAUAUGCUGUUAAUGUUUGUGAUUCUGGUAAGCGUUUUUUGGCCAACCGCAUCGUAUUUGUUAGUUUUGAGGACCAACUUGUGUUACUUUAUCAGGAUGCUGUAAGGAGAAAACAACUUUAUCUGGAUGCUAAAAGGAGAAACCACAUGAUUGCGUCACAAUCCCGGCACUUCCUGUAUAUGCUGACCUUUUCAGGGCCUCCAGUUGUUCCCCAGAAACGAGCUCGUUUGACAUUUACCUCUUGACUUGAAAACAAACGUGUUCCGCGAGCUUGCACUUGAACUCGUACUGUAAAUCAACUAAGGGAUAAGCACUUCUGGAUGUAAUUAAUUCAAGAAUUCCCCAUCAAAUGACUAUUUUAAAAUGUUUUAUUGUUCUGUAAGGAGUGUAUUAUAGGAAUUAGUCAUGAGGGGACACGUGUUUAUUUUUGUGGCUUUUUAUGGAAUUAAGGUGUGUUUUCUACAACGCUGCUGGCUGAUGCAUUGUGUUAUGUGGGUGUUGAUCUGGGUUGAAUGUAUACACUUUAAGGGCACAUGAAGGAAUCAUCACUUUUUUUUUUUUUAAACCCCCACAUCCUUCCACCCAGUGGUUCAUUUUUUCCCACUGAAGACAACACAUUGUUCAGUCCGUUUUUGCUCAUGUGGCAUUUUUUUUGUUGGUGAUUGUAACCGGAUCCCAGAAGAGCAACACUUGUUUUUCUUGGUGCAACACUGGACACCAAGAAGAGAAGUCGAAUAUUCUGCUUCAUCGUUUCUCUUAGUGUUGUUUGACUCCUGCAUGAUCUUUAAAUAAAUGGACCGUUAGCAGUGUGACAUCA